UCUUAAGCAGACAUCUACACUACUAACCACGACUCAACACGUGAGAGUGAGAAAGAGAGUGACCCAACCGAAGAGUGAACAUGACGGCAAAGGUGAUUGUACUGUGUGCGGUAAUCGCUUUAGUCCGCGGUGGUUUCAUUGCAACUAAUCAAGUGCAAUCGAAUGGUUAUGCAAGUGCAGUAAACCACCCGACUGUUGCGGUCAGCCGGCCCCUGGUGGUCGCACCGGCAGCGGCGGCAACAGCCAGCUCUUCGGUGAACGUGGCAACGGCAUCGGGGGCGGCGGUGUCAUCAGGUUAUGCCUCAGCUCCAUCUGCCAUCGUUCCUGGUAUCGCCCAAUACUCUGCAAUCAGAGCGGCUCCGGCGGUAGUAGCAGCUCCCGCAGUAGUCGCAGCUAGGGUGGAACCAUUCGACCCGAACCCUCACUACACCUACGCCUACGAUGUCAACGACCCAUCGACUGGUGACUACAAGAACCAGCACGAAAUCCGUGCCGGCAAUGUAGUCCGUGGACAAUACAGCCUCGUAGAUCCCGAUGGUUCCAGACGUACCGUCGACUACACCGCAGAUCCUCACAACGGCUUCAACGCCGUUGUUCACAGGACCAUACCGCAUCCCGUCUCAGUCCCUGUUCCCGUUUCCAUACCAUCACCCGUCUACUCCUCCUACUUGACCGCUCCGCAUUAAUCCAACUGCCUGCCAAGAACCCUGACCUGAUCCCCCUUUUAUGUCGACCCUCAGCUAAACUAUUGUGUUCUUCUAUUUAUACUACUGCCUGCAUAGUACACUGUCCACGUUUUUU